AUGAACGAAGGGAAACCGAUUGCAAGUCCGCUUGCGCCCUUAGUGAAGUGGAAAAAAAUUGUCAACACAACAGGACCAACACCUCGACCUCGGCAUGGGCAUCGCGCUGUUGCCAUUAAAGACCUCAUGAUCGUGUUCGGUGGAGGGAACGAAGGCAUAGUCGAUGAAUUGCAUGUCUACAAUACAGCCACAAAUCAAUGGUUUGUACCGGCAGUUCGAGGUGAUAUCCCGCCUGGAUGUGCAGCUUAUGGGAUUGUUUGUGAUGGCACGAGGAUAUUCAUCUUCGGUGGUAUGGUGGAAUAUGGAAGGUACUCGGCAGACUUGUACGAGCUACAGGCUAGUCGUUGGGAAUGGCGAAGAUUACGAGCGAGGCCGCCAAAAUCUGGACAUCCUGGACCGUGUGCCAGAUUGGGACAUACAUUCACGCUUGCUUCAAAUCAGGUGUGUUACGUGUUUGGUGGAUUGGCUAACGAUAGUGCAGAUUUGAAGAAUAAUAUACCGCGAUAUUUGAACGAUUUAUUCAUUAUCGAUUUGCGAUAUGGAUCAAAUAAUUUACAAUGGGAGUGCCCACAGACCUAUGGUAUGAGUCCACCGCCUCGCGAAUCGCAUUCGGCCGUAAUGUUCGAGCAAGACUCUGGUCGAAAACAGUUGAUAAUCUAUGGAGGUAUGAGCGGUUGUCGAUUGGGCGAUGUUUGGAUCUUGGAUAUUGGCUCAAUGACAUGGUCAAAUCCUCAACCGGACGGUGUUCCGCCUCUUCCCAGAUCGUUGCAUUCGGCAAAUAUCGUUGGUGAUCGGAUGUUCGUCUUUGGUGGUUGGGUACCGNUGGUAAUCGAGGAUACGAAAUUACAACAAAAUGAGAAAGAAUGGAAAUGUACGAAUACGUUAGCAUCGUUGAAUUUGAGAACGAUGUGUUGGGAGCCACUUUCGAUAGAAGUUUUUGAAGAUGCCGUACCUCGUGCACGUGCCGGACACAGUGCUGUUGUCAUCAACAAACGAUUGUAUGUUUGGUCUGGUCGUGAUGGCUAUCGAAAGGCAUGGAAUAAUCAAGUAUGCUGUAGAGAUAUGUGGUAUCUAGAGACGGAUAAACCGAUAGCGCCUGGUCGAGUGCAGUUGGUAAGAGCAUCUGUGUCCGGACUAGAGGUGUGCUGGAAUGCUGUUCCGACGGCAGAAGCGUAUCUCUUGCAGUUGCAUAAAUAUGAUGCGCAGCUGAAACAUGACGAUGACGGUAGGAAAUGUUGUGUUCGUUUAGUAUUCAUUGCCUUUUGCAAAGAGUGA